AUGGAAGAAAAAAUAGACAUACUAAUUAAAGCUGUUAACGAAAUAAAAACUACACAAUCUAAACUUGUUUCAUCAGUUAAUUCGUUGUCGGAAAAGUUUGGAUCGCUUAAUAAAAAAGUCAAUGAACUAUCAAGCCAAAUUAAUAGCUUGUCUUCCGAUAAUGCAUCUUUAAAAGAAAGAGUUGAUAUCAUUGAAACAAAAACAAAAUCUUUGAGCACAAAUCCACAUAUACCAAACAUCAAUGAGCUAAUAUCAGAGAUGAUUGAUCGUCAAUCUCGAUAUAAAAAUAUAUUAUUAUUUAAUUUACCAGAGUCAAAUCUCGAUUCUAACUCAACGAAUAUGGAUCUCAUAACUGUAAAAGACAUACUGAAAUAUUUAAAUUUGGAAUCUAUACCCACUUCAAUUUUUCGUCUUGGAAAACCACCUUCUACUUCUACUCCUAUCAAACCAAGACCGUUAAAAAUAUGCUUCUCCGAUCAAAAAAAUGUGUUUGAUAUAUUUUCAACUCAAAAUAAAUUGAAAUCAAACUCCUCGUGGAAAGAUAUUCGCUUCUCCUCAGAUCAAACUAAAAAACAACAAGAACAUAUGUCUCAACUCCGUUAA